AUGAAGUUCUCCGCAAGUGUGGCAUACUUUUUGGCUAUUACCUUAGCUACUAUCGCCAAUUCCGCCCCAACAUUGCAGGCCAAGGAUCUUACCAAGCGCCACGAGGCUCCCGAGUCCGUCGAGGACUACGUGAUUCCAAACAAGCGCGAGGAAACCGUCGAAGACUAUGUGAUCCCCAAUAAGCGCGAGGAAACCGUCGAAGACUAUGUGAUUCCAAACAAGCGCGAGGAAACCGUCGAAGACUAUGUGAUCCCCAACAAGCGCGAGGAAACCGUCGAAGACUAUGUGAUCCCCAACAAACGCGAGGAAACCGUCAAAGACUAUGUGAUUCCAAAUUGA